CCAGUGAGCGGCGGCGUCUCAGCAGCGGCGAGGAGCGGGCGGGCGGCAGCGCUGCGAGCCGUGAGCCGGAGCCGAAGGCCGAGCGCGGCGGGGCCAUGGAGCGCGGGGCCGGGAGGGGCUGCCCGCGCCCCCUGCAGUAGCCCCGCGCCUUCCGCGCCCUCCCAUUCCCCCCCCGCCGCCUCCUCUAUGCGGCGGGGCCGGUGGAGCCGCAGGCCUCGCUCCUCCGCGAGGCGGCCCUCGGCCCUCUGAGCCCGAUCACACAGCGAUUUUGGGACACGCCUCUGUUGGAUUUUAAUAACUGUCCUGCUCGCGGCGGCUUUCAGCGAUGGAAUCGACGGUUGAUGAUGAGGCGAUGGCAGCAUAAAUGAAGAUCAAGUAAGGAAGGCAGAACGAUGCCCAAGGGUGGGUGUUCUAAAACACCACAGCCAGAAGAUUUCUCUCUCAGCAACGACAUGGUGGAGAAACAAACGGGGAAAAAGGAUAAAGAUAAAGUUUCUCUAACCAAGACUCCCAAGUUGGACCGGAGCGAUGGCGGCAAAGAGGUGAAAGAGAGGGCUACCAAGAGGAAGUUACCUUUCACUGUCGGAACAAAUGGAGAUCAAAAGGACUCGGAUACAGAAAAGCAGGGUCCGGAGCGGAAGAGGAUUAAAAAGGAGCCCGCCACGAGGAAGCCUGGCUUGCUGUUUGGGAUGGGCCUUUCAGGAAUCCGGGCAGGCUACCCGCUCUCUGAGCGCCAGCAAGUUGCUCUGCUCAUGCAGAUGACAGCAGAAGAGUCUGCAAACAGCCCAGUUGACACAACACCAAAGCAUCCCUCUCAAUCCACAGUUUGUCAGAAGGGAACUCCUAACUCUGCCUCCAAAACCAAAGAUAAAGUAAAUAAGAGAAACGAGCGAGGGGAGACUCGGCUGCACCGAGCUGCCAUCCGCGGGGACGCGCGGCGCAUCAAGGAGCUCAUCAUCGAGGGUGCCGACGUCAACGUGAAGGACUUUGCAGGCUGGACAGCAUUGCACGAGGCGUGCAACCGGGGUUACUACGAUGUUGCCAAGCAGUUGCUUGCUGCAGGCGCCGAAGUCAACACCAAGGGGUUGGACGACGACACCCCCCUGCACGAUGCAGCAAACAACGGGCACUUCAAGGUGGUGAAAUUGUUGUUGCAUUAUGGAGGGAACCCUCAUCAAAGCAACAGGAAGGGGGAGACGCCGUUAAAAGUAGCCAAUUCUCCCACCAUGGUGAAUCUGCUCCUGGGGAAGACGACGUAUCCCUCCAGCGAAGAGAGCUCAACAGAGACCUCAGAAGAGGAGGAUGCCCCUUCCUUUGCGCCCUCCAGCUCCGUUGACGGCAAUAACACAGACUCAGAGUUUGAGAAGGGUUUGAAGCACAAACCCAAGGCCCAGGAGCCCCCCAAAACCAUCACCCCGGUGAAGGAUGAGUAUGAAUUCGACGAGGACGAUGAACAGGACCGGGUCCCGCCAGUCGACGACAAACAUUUGCUGAAAAAGGAUUACAGAAAAGAGACUAAAGCAAACAGUUUCAUUUCCAUACCCAAAAUGGAAGUGAAAACUUAUACUAAAAAUAACACAAUUACACCAAAGAAAGCUGCCCACCGCAUCCUGUCGGACAGCUCGGAUGAGGAGGAGACCAGCGUCGCUGUGGGGACGGGGGAGAAGCUGCGGCUCUCGACCCACUCGAUACUGCCCAGCAGCAAGAUCCGGGAGCCCGCCAGCACCAAGGCACCGAAGGAGAAAAGCAAAGUAAAAAAGAAGCGGAAGAAGGAGACGAAAAGCAAAGAGGUUCGGUUUGGCAAAAAAAAUGACAAAUUUUGUUCCUCUGAAUCAGAGAGCGAAAACGUGGAGAGUGAGGAGGAUGAUAGAGACUCUCUUCAGAGCUCUAGCUGUGUAAAGGACUCCAGGCUAGUGCUAAAGGAAUCCUCCUUGUUUAACUCUCUCUCUGCCUCAUCGACCUCUUCUCAUGGGAGCUUAGGAUCCCAGAAACACAAUGCUAACCUUACAGAACAGCACUCCAAGCACUGGAGGACGGACAAUUGGAAAACCAUAUCUUCUCCAGCUUGGUCAGACGUCAGCUCCUUGUCGGACUCCACGAGGACGAGACUGACGAGCGAGUCAGACUACUCGUCCGAGGAGUCGAGCUUGGAGUCGCUAAAGCCGGUCAGGAAGAAACCAGAGCACAAAAAGAAAAACACCUCCCACAACACUGUUUCUGAGAAAAAGAAUUCAUUCCAUAGCAAUGUGGAUGGAGCGAUUCCAAAGCUGGACAAGGAGGGGAAGGUGGUUAAAAAGCAUAAAACGAAACAUAAACAUAAAAACAAGGAGAAGGGGCAGUGUCCCAUCAGCCAAGACAUUAAAAUAAUCAAAACUUUUUCUUUUGAGUUUGAGGACUCUAAACAAAAGCCUGAGAAAGGCUUGAUAGUAGAGACAGAAAAUCCAGUCGAAAACAAAUUGAAAGUGUUAAAGCAUGAGCGAGAACACUGUAAGAAAGAAGACAAGCUCCCCAAAGGUAAAGCGGAGGAGAAGGACUGGUUGUUUAAAGAUGAGACUGGAAAAUCCUCCAAAGAGGAGAAAUCGUUAAGAAAAGUCAAAGAUGGUAGUAAAGACAUGAGCAAAUCCUUCAGAGAAGGACUGAGUAAAUCGGAAAAAGAGAAACCUGUAAAGGAGAAGUCUCCCAAAGAGGAGAAGCCGAGGAUACACAAGGAGGAGAGAAAGAAGAAGUCAAAGGACAAGCAGUCCAAGUCUGAAAAGAAGAAUGAGCUGAAAGAGGAGAAAGCUGCUAAGCUUGAGAAAGAAAAAUCCUUCAAGGAAGAGAAGGAAAAAUGCAAAAAAGAAAAAAUGUACAGGGAGGAGUCUGGGUUUGAUGAGUUCAAUAACAAAGCCCAGUUUCCUGAAAGCGAGGACACGAAGUUCAGCCUCUCGGAUGAUCAGCAGGAGAGGUGGUUCUCAGACUUGUCUUCUGAUUCGUCCUUCGAUUUCAAGGGCGAGGAUAGCUGGGAUUCUCCGGUGACAGAUUUCAGGGAGAUGAAAAACGACACUGUGGCAAAACUAAUCAUAGAGCCAGUGAAAGAGGAAAUGAAAGACAAGAAAAAGGAAAACAAAACGAAAGAGAAAAAAGAGUACAGCGAGAAGCGUAACGAAAAGGACUCGUUCUUGAAGAAGAAAGAGAGGGACUACGUGGACAAAAGCUCAGAAAAGAAAAAGGACCAAACGGAAAGACACAAAGCUGCUCCUAGUUAUUUGCCUGAAAAAGAUAAGAAAAGGAAGGAUUCCGCAGAGGGCGUCAAGGAGAAGAAGGAGAAGGAUACAGGUGAAACCAACAAAGAUAGGAAGGAUUCCUCUGACGGCUCUAAGGACCGAAAGGAGAGUAAGGCGAAGCAGGAGGAGCCCUACCGGGACGACUUCAAGGAGUACGGCUGCGAAGCGUUCUUCAAGGAGAAGGCUGACGCCGAGUUCAGCGGGAAGGCCCUGGAGAGCUGGGAGAGGCACCACUCCGGGAAGGACAAGGAGAAGAAGGAUGCUUCUGAGAAGGAAAAGAAAGAAAAGGUGAAGCCAGAAAAGUACAAGGAGAAAUCCAAAGAAGGCGACAAGGAGAAGGGCGAAAAAGCGGCUCCUGAGAAAAUCCCGAAAGACAAAGACCUAGACAAGAGCUUCAAAGAGAAGAAGGAAAGCAAGGAGAAAUACAAAGAUCUACACAGCAAGGACAAAGAAAGGAAGAGUUCCUUCGACCAAGUGAAAGAGAAGAAGGAGAAAAGCUUUUCCACGGACCGAGAGGACUUCUCUGAGAAAAAGGAUGAGAAGAAAGGCAAGGAGAAGAGCUGGUACAGCAUCGCGGACAUCUUCACCGACGAAAGCGAAGACGAGAGGGAUGAUUACAGCUUGACAGGGUUCAAAGUGGGCGAAGCGGUGGGGAGCGAGGUGCACCGGCUGGACAGCCUGCAGGACAAGGACGAGGGCGAGAAGGAGCUGUACGCCGACAAACACCGCAAGUACUCCUCUGACAGACAGCACUGCGGGGAGAAGCAGAAGGAUAAGGAGUCCAAGGAGAAGAAAAAGGACAAGGGAACAUCGGAAGGGGGGAAGGAGAAGAAGGAGAAGAAUUCCUUUGAAAAACACAAGGAGAAGAAAGAUAAGGAUUCUUCGGAGAAGUACAAAGACAGGAAAGACAGAACAUCCGUUGAUUCCAAUCAGGAGAAGAAGAACAAGCAGAAGCUCCCCGAAAAGGCUGACAAGAAGCACGCCAGUGACGAGAAGGUGAAAAACAAGCACAAGGAGAAGCUGGAUAAAGAGCAUUCCAAAGAGAAAAAGUCUUCAAAAGGAGGAGAGCCGGAGAAGAGCCUGCUGGAGAAAUUGGAGGAGGAGGCUCUCAAUGACUACAGAGACGACUCCAACGACAAAAUCAGCGAGAUCUCUUCCGACAGCUUCACAGACAGGGGGCAGGACCCAGGGCUCAGCAGCCUCUUCGAGUCUUCGAAUCUCUCUCUCGCCGACGCCUCUGAAGAAAAGUUCAAGGACUCCCUCCCGUUGCCCUGCCUGCAGGACAAACUGAAGGAGAAGGAGCGACACAGGCAUUCCUCAUCCUCCUCAAAGAAGAGUCACGAGAAAGAAAAGGCGAAGAAGGAAAAGACCGAGAAAAAGGAAAAAACAGAUGAAUUCAAAGACUCCAGCAGCAGAAAGGAUUCCGCUCAUUAUGAGAAGGAUUUCUCUGUGGAUGGGGAGGCAUUCAGCACUUCCUACAACGUGAAGGCAGAGCCUGAUGAGGAACCAGAGAAAAGCAUUGAUUACUUAUUUUCUGAAAAGAAAGAUAAAAAUGAUUCUGAAAGAGAGCUGUCAAAGAAGGCGGAAAAAGAAAAGACUUACGGUUCCAGUGCCAUCAGCACAGCUAAGGAGAAAAAGAAGCGAGAUAAACACAAGGAAAAAUGGAAGGAGGAAAAGGAAAAGCACAGAGACAAACACGCAGAUGGUUUCUUUAAACACCACAAAGACGAGCCAAAGUCAGCGCUGAAGGACAAGGACAGUCCUCAAGUUACCGCCUUCAAGGAUAAAUCCAAGGAGGAAAACCUCAAGUUCGGCGAGACCAAACUGAAGGAGAAGCUCAAGGAGAACCAAGAGAAAGACAAAACAGAGACAAUAAAAAUAAGCAAUGGCAACGAAAAAAUAACCCUUUCCAAAGACAGCGGCAAGAAGGACGCCAGGCCGAGGGAGAAGCUGCUGGGGGACGGAGAUCUGAUGAUGACCAGCUUCGAGAGGAUGCUGAGCCAGAAGGACCUGGAGAUCGAGGAGCGGCACAAACGGCACAAAGAGAGAAUGAAGCAAAUGGAGAAAAUGAGGCACAGGUCCGGGGACCCCAAACUGAAGGACAAAAUUAAAAGCUCUGAAGAUGUCCGCAAGAGGAGCCUGGAUCUGGCGGCAAAGAAGCCGCUGGCGCUGGACGCUCAGCUCAAGGACAAGAAGCUCAAAGAGCUGGGCCCGCUGACGCCCAUACUGUCACCGGAGAACAAGGCGCAGCCCGCAGCUGGGGCGGACUCCAAGGACUGGAUUGCAGGCCCGCAGCUGAAGGAGAUCCUCCCCGCGUCCCCUAGGCCGGACCAGAACCGGCCGACGGGCGUCCCCACCCCGGCGUCCGUCGUGUCCUGCCCCAGCUACGAGGAGGUGAUGCAGACCCCGCGCACGCCCUCCUGCAGCAACGAGGACUACACCGACCUGAUGUUCGAGUGUGCGGACUCGCAGCACUCGCUGCCCAUAUCCACCAUGUCCAUGAACGCGUGCUCGCCGUCCUUCUUUGACAGAUACGCGAACGUCGCGGGGGCCCUCCCCGAGAACCCCGCUCAGACCCCGACCCGCACCAUCCCCUCCUCCAACCUGUACCGCUCCAUCUCUGUCGACAUCAGAAGGGCACCCGAGGAAGAGUUCAGUGUCGGAGAGAAGUUUUUCAGGCAGCAGAGCGUCCCGGCGACGUCAAAUUACGACUCUCCGGUGCAGCAUUUAAUGGAGGAGAAGGUUCCCCUCCCUUCUGUUCCCGCUGAGAAGUUCCAGUGUCUGUCUCCCGGGUAUUACUCACCGGACUAUGGGGUUUCGUCACCCAAGGUGGAAGCCCUGCACUGCCCGCCAGCGGCGGUCAGCGGGGUCUCGCAGUCGCCCGAAAGUGUCUUCUCUGGUUUACAAGCCAAGUCCUCCCCUUCGCACAGAGACGAGCUUCUGGCUCCCUCGGUAGAAAGUGCUCUUCCCCCCGACCUGGGCAUGCCUCUGGAUACCACGGAGGAGCAGCAAGCCACCGCCUCCAUCAUGCAGCCGGAGCCCACCUACUUGCCACCAAUGGAAGAAAAUAAUUUUGGUUCGGCGAUGCCGGAACAAACCAACAUGGACUGGGAUACCCCUCCUGCCCGGAACCCCGAGGCGGCGAUCCCUCCCAGCCUGAUGGCGAACGCGGCCGAGCACUCCGUCGGCUGGUCCGUGGGCUCCGAGCUCCUGAUGAAAUCGCCCCAGCAGUUUGCCGAGUCCCCGAAACCUGCGCUCUGCUCCCUGGAGCCCAUCCAUCCUACGCCGGUCGCCUUCAUCCCCACGGACGCUUCCUACCCCGUUUCUCCCAUUUCGUACCCUCUGUCCGUGUCGGAGCCGGGGCUGGACGAAGUGAAGGAAGACGCUGAGGAAGCGGUGCCGGGAGAACUGGCGAACGCUGAGGAGCAGGCGCCGUACAUGUCCCCCACGAGGCUGGACACGUUCUUCACCGGCUGCAAGCCUCUUCCCGAGGAAGCACCCGAGAUCCCCGCGGAGGCGCCCUGCGUGCCGGCGGAACCUCAGGCAGAGGUCGUCAGCGUGCCGGAGAGCACCUAUUUGGAAAACACCAGCACGACGCCGGCAAACGGCGAGGAGGCGGUGACGUGGCCAGACCCCUUCACCACCACCGAGGAUGAGCUGGACCUCGGCCCCUUCUCGCUGCCCGAGCUCCCGCUGCAGCCCAAGGAUGUCGCCGAGGCGGAGGUGGCCGAGGCGGAGCCGGCGGAGGAGGGCCCGGCCGCAGCCCCAGAGGUGAGUGCUGGGAGCACGAAGGCCGGCGCGGCCGCCACGGCUACCGGAGAGGCAGAGGAGCCCGCGGCCGUCCCGGCAGCACCCGUCCCACCCACGGACACCGAGCCGCCGGCCGAGGAGCAGAAACCUGAGGGGGCUGUGCCGGAAGCCGCCUCGGAAGCAACGAGUGGGGCAGAGGAGAAAGGAGGGGAGGAGGCAGAGGCGCAGGUGCUCCCAGCCGCCCCGUCGGAGCCUGCCCAGGCCGAGGGCAAAGAGGCGGAGGCUGCGCAGGAUGAGCCGGCCGCCUCCGCUGCGGUGGUGGAGGGCAGCUCCUGUCCUCCCGCCACCCCCAGCGAGGGCAGCGCUGGCCCCGAGAGCACCGCGGGGCGCGCCGGGAGCCAGGGCCCUUCCGCCCAGCCCGAGGCCCCUCCGGCUCAGGCAGAAGUCGUCGAGCCGGUGCAGAAGCCGGUAGCAGAAGCUCCCAAACCGCCCAAAAUAGAAGAGAUUCCUCAGCGGAUUACCAGGAACCGGGCGCAGAUGCUGGCCAACCAAAACAAGCAGAACGCCGCGGCUGCUGAGAAGGAAUUUCCUCCCGUCUCCGCGCCCACCACCCGCACCAAGGGCCGCGUGACCGAGGAGGACGAUUCCCAGGCGCAGCACCCGCGGAAGCGCCGCUUCCAGCGCUCCAACCAGCAGCUGCAGCAGCAGAUCAACACGUCCACCCAGCAGACGCGCGAGAUGAUCCAGCAGACCCUGGCAGCUAUCGUCGACGCCAUCAAACUGGACGACAUCGAACCGUACCACAGCGACAGGUCCAACCCCUACUUCGAGUACCUCCAGAUCAGGAAAAAGAUCGAAGAGAAGCGGAAAAUCCUCUGCUACAUUACUCCCCAGGCUCCGCAGUGCUACGCCGAGUACGUCACCUACACGGGCUCCUACCUGCUGGACGGCAAACCGCUGAGCAAGCUGCACAUCCCCGUGAUCGCCCCGCCGCCGUCGCUGGCCGAGCCCCUGAAGGAGCUCUUCAAGCAGCAGGAGGCCGUCCGGGGGAAGCUGCGGCUCCAGCACAGCAUCGAGCGGGAGAAGCUCAUCGUCUCGUGCGAGCAGGAGAUUUUGAGAGUGCACUGUCGGGCAGCACGGACUAUUGCCAACCAGGCUGUGCCCUUCAGUGCCUGCACCAUGCUGCUGGACUCCGAGGUCUACAACAUGCCUCUAGAAAAUCAGGGAGACGAAAACAAAUCGGUCAGGGACCGCUUCAACGCGCGGCAGUUCAUUUCCUGGCUGCAAGACGUGGACGACAAGUACGACCGCAUGAAGACGUGCCUGCUGAUGCGGCAGCAGCACGAGGCCGCGGCGCUGAACGCGGUGCAGCGCAUGGAGUGGCAGCUGAAGGUGCAGGAGCUGGACCCCGCGGGGCACAAAUCCCUCUGCGUCAACGAGGUGCCCUCCUUCUACGUGCCCAUGGUCGACGUGAACGAUGACUUUGUGCUGUUGCCGGCAUGACAGUUCCGCACCGGGAGACGUCGCUGAACACUGGCACGGACGGAGCCCUGCGAGGUCGGGCGGUCGCGCUCACAUUCCCCCUUCCCGCUUGCUGAUGAAUCCCUGGUCAGAGGAGGAGGAAGCAGCUAUCGGCAGACAAAAAACAAACCAACCAACCAAACCAAACCAAACGAAAACGACACAAAACCGACGAGAACGAAACCGUAAGGAAC